AGUCAACUGCUGGUAUUAUACCAGAAAACAUCGUUUUUUGAUAGGGGUUCGAUAGGCGAUUAUUGUGCGGUUGCGAUUUUUUCGGUUCUCGCGCCCCCGAAAGGAGCCCAAUUUUUUUCCGCAAACGAGCGCGCGCCCCGAUGCGAUAUGUGAGUAGCGGUCGGCCGCGCGAUGAGUAGUAGCCUUGUUCUUGUAGCGCAGAGUACACUGCAGAAGCGGUAGUGGCGAUCGACCUCGAAUCCGCAGAUACCCGACCUUACGCACGACCGUCCACGGUUGCGGUGCAGCAGAUCGCGCGUGUCGUCCCGAAUCCCGGGUGACGAAUUAUCUGACGGAAUGUUCCAUGAUGUUUGAGUUUGUUUUUGAAUUGUUUUCGACGAUUUUUGUGAAUUGUUCGAUUUCGAACGAAGCGAAAUUACGAAUUUGAAUCGACAGAAGAUCGACGUGACGACCACUGGCUGAAGAUCGCCCGUUCCGAGUGAUCGAUGGCCGAGAGUUCUCGAGUGACAGCUGCGAGUGACAACAAAUGAAGCGUAGCGGUGCGUGUGAUUUUAAUGGUUUUCGAAAAAAAAAUCGUCAAUCGGUUCGCAUCGUCUAUUCUUGGGUUUUUCUUUCGGUCUUCGAUAAAAAUUAAUUGAGACAGCACGAAAUUCGGGUCAACCAAGCCAGCUGAAAAGCAAAGAAAAAUAAUUGUGACAAAACUCAAAAAUAGAAAUUUCUGCGUGGGACACUUGGUUAGAAGACGGUGGAGAAAUCGUUUGUUUUUGUUUCGCCGUGGGAUGUUUUAUGUGUUGUUAGCAUCUAAUGUGAAAUUAAUUUCUGACCUUCGAGAUGUGAGAGCCGAUUACCGAUUGUUGUUCUAAGUUCGAAGCGAAAAUAUUUUGAAUGAUGUGGAUUGUGUUUUAAUGACCUCAAACCACCACCAGCGUGAUCGGAGGAAAGAAAAACUCCCCCACCCGAAAGUGCAAUUUUAUGACAGGGCUGUCAAAAUGCAAUAAAAAACCAAUUUAUCGACCGCAGUCGAAGCGAACCAACAGCAAAAUAAAACGCAUCAAAUGAAUGGUGCAACGGCGCAGUUGUUCCGAAGACGAAGAAAGAAGAGAUGUCAGGUGAUCGAUAUCAGUGAAUGCAAACGAUCGAAACAGUGAGCGUUAGUUUGACUGAAGAAGAAGCAGAAGAAAAGGCCUAUUAGGACCCCUUCCUUCGCCACAGAAGAAGCUGUGAAGAAAAAAAUUCACCCCAAGAACAAACUGCUAAAGGGCCUUGUCCUCAGUGCGUGGUGCGUGCAAUCCCCGUAAUAACGGCGACGUCCACAACGACGACGACAACGGCCUCGUCGUCCAGCGCUGCAGCUGCCACUGGUGGCCGGCUGCUCGAAGGGGUUGGCGGUGGUAGACCCCCGCCGUCUCCGCCCUCGCCGGAACCCGGUCUGGACCAGCACCACCGAAUGCAGCCAACCGUACCGCAGAGCACGGGAGGUGGUGAUAUGGACCUCCCGACCGUACAAUCGAUGGAUUGGGUGUUCCAGAACAAGCAGCUCUACUUCCUAGCGCAGUAUCUAGCACAGCAAGCCGAAAAGAAGGAGAAACUAUCGCCCAACAGCACCACGAUGUCCAGUAUGGAUGGAUUGCUGAGCGGUACCACCACAGCGGCAACUGCCACUACCACGACCAACGUUUCGUCGCCUCUGGCGUCGUCCACGAUCAUCGAACAGAAUGGCGUUACGCCACCGUCCCCAUCGACGACCCCGCUGUCCGACACCGGCAGCAUCAGCGGGAGACUCAAGUUGGAUUCCGGUUGCAGUCCGGACAAACCACCCCAAAGCCUGGAUGGCAUCGAUGCGCGGUUGGAUAUGCUGAAAGACGCCAAAUCGUUCAGUAUAAACAAUAACAACAUUAACAGCAGCAACAACAAUAACAAUAACAUUAACAAGAGUGACAGUUGUAGCAGUAGUCUCGGUAACAGGGUCAGUCCCGCUCCGGACAUGGGGAAUGGGAACAACGGCAGCAGUGGGGGCGUGAACAGUAGCAGUAAUCAACCCUUCGGUAACGACGAUAGCGCGAAUAGCAAAAGCUGUAGCAGCAACAACAAUGCCCCACAGCACGGUAGCAAUAGUCACAACGAGAGUAGUGGAAGCAGCGGAAACGAAGGAAAGGAAAGUAGUGAGUUGAAGGAUGCGGCGGCGGCAACAGCAGCGGUGGCAACGGAAAGUCGAACAGCGCCGAAAACAUUGGCGGAAGAACUGUCGGCGAAGGACAGAGAGAUAUCGGCCCUGUUUGAGGAGGUGGCUCGCCUUCGGACGGCCAUCGCUAACAUCCAGGAGUCACACAACCUGCAGAUCCAGCGGUUAGAGGACCGCCUCGAAGAAAAGCGGCAACACAUUGUGCGGCUAGAGUCCCGCAUCGAAAAAGAGUCCGAUUUCGACGAUCUGAAGAAGGAAAACAACAUACUUCGAUCGGUGGAUUUGAGCUCACCGCACGACUCGAAGCAGUUCCAGGAACUGCUGCUGGAACGCACCAAAGCCCUGGCGGCUCAAACCGAAGCGAUCAAAUCGUCCAACUCCGAAGGAUCCCCAUCGAGCGGUCAGCCGAAGCCCGCUUCGUCGCCAGCGACGAGCAGCUGCAGCACCGCUACGAACGCCCCUCACGCUAGUAACGCUUGUAACGCUAGUAACGAGCCGCCUAAUUGCAUCAGCAAUAGCACUGCUACCACCACCUCUAGCACUACCACUUGCAACAUCAACAGUCAGAAUGUCACCAACAGUAGUAGCACUAGUAGUAACGAUAUCAUCCCUGCUCCGAGCCGGCCGGCUUCGAGUCCAACUAACGUGCCACCAUCUCCGUCGGGUCCCGCUGUCCCGACCCCAACCCCGACUCCCACCGGUGGCAACAGUCUUGCUCAGCUCAACUCCUUUCUUUCGCCUGCAUUGGCAAACGUUGAACAGUUUGGUUCGUUUUUGGGUGAAGAAAUUGUCAGCACUUGGCGGCGUGGUUUGGAGUUGCCACCUCCCCCACCGGGAUUGGCAGCCGCCGCAGCAGCCGCUGCCGCCGCCGCAGCUGCUCGCAACCAUCCACAGCUACUAAUGAACCAUCAUCCUCCCACAGAUCUAACCCACCACGAGCAGGACAAAGCUAGCUCACAUCAUGAUAACUCCUCUAGCGCUAGCACACCAAUUCUACAAGACACCUCCCGCCACGACGAACACAUGAACGGUGGAGGAUUCACGCCAAUGCGAAUGUCUAAGAGUCCCCUGGAGGACAACAACAAUACAUUGGGACCGCUGUCGCAUGCAGGCCCCGGCCUAAUACAAGGCCUACCCUUCCAAUUCCAAGAACGAGGCCACUUCCGGUUUGCCGAAGAUCUGCAACUACCUCCGGGAUCGAUGGCGGGACGCCUUGGAGAUUCACUCAUUCCCAAGGGAGAUCCCAUGGAAGCAAAACUGCAGGAAAUGCUUCGCUACAACAUGGACAAAUACGCCAAUCAAAAUCUGGACACCCUGCACAUCUCGCGGCGAGUUCGUGAACUACUCUCAGUGCACAACAUCGGGCAACGGUUGUUUGCAAAAUACGUCCUCGGUCUAUCACAGGGAACCGUAUCCGAACUGCUCUCCAAGCCGAAGCCAUGGGACAAACUCACCGAAAAGGGCCGAGACAGCUACCGAAAAAUGCACGCCUGGGCGUGUGACGAGAACGCUGUCUUGUUGCUCAAGUCGCUGAUCCCGAAAAAAGGUUCAGAGCCCGGAAUGCCAUCGUUUGGUCGACCCGAGGGCUCGGAUAUGAACGAUGACCGUAUCCAUCACAUCCUGACCGAGGCACAAUCGAUGAUCAAGCGCGAUUCUCAGGAUCUCGUUACUCCUCAGCACCCGUCUCAGCAGAUGCACCACCAGCAGCUCCAACUCCAGCAAUCGCUCCUGGACGAUUCGCAGCACAGUGAUAAUGACUCGAAGUCGCCGCACCAUCGGGACGUCCAGUCGCCAUUCGCCAAAGAUUACCUGAACCGACGCGCUGGCGCGAGGAACAACGAAUUCAUUCCCCAGGACAAGAUUGCCAAAAUCUACCAGGAGGAAUUCUCCAAACUGAUGCGGAGCCCGCGAGAGUUUCCAAAUUUCCUUUUCCCUCACUUCCUCGGCGGUGGAAUGCCUCCGAUGGAACGUCUCCAGGACGACAACAUCCGCAUGGCAUUGGAAGCCUACCAUCGCGAGCUGGCCAAGCUGCAGCAAAACGCUUCCUCGGGGGCAGGCCUUCCUAAUAUGCCAAAUAUCUCCAACCUACCCAACUUCCUUGCCCUCCAUCAACAGCAGCAAGCUCAACAGCAUGCAGCAGCUGCCCAACAGCAGCAACAUCAACCGAUCGGACUCAACGGAUCUGUUCAGGAUCUAUCGCUCCCGAAGGAAAAGCAACCGUCGAACAAACUCAACGGAUCGAUGACAGACUUGGAGAGCGAAAUCGAUGCCGCCAACAAGGAAGUCGACGAAGCAAUGAAGCACAGCGCCUUCAGCUUAGUCAAGCCGAAACCGGAGCCAGGAACGUGCACACCAACCACCACUGCUUCAUCCGCCCCAAGCCCCAUCAGCAACAGUAUCCUGCCACCGGUCCUUCCUCCUUCAGAAGACAUGUCCGUUACCGUUAGUCCCCUGCAGCGGAUGGCCUCCAUCACAAACUCCCUCAUCACGCAACCUCCAGUAACUCCACAUCACUCCUCUCAGCAGCGACCGCUGAAAGCCAUUCUACCGCCCAUCACUCAGCAGCAAUUCGAUAUGUACAACAACCUCAACACGGAAGACAUCGUUCGGCGUGUCAAGGAAUCCCUCUCGCAAUACUCCAUUAGUCAGCGACUCUUCGGUGAAUCGGUUCUCGGUCUAUCGCAAGGCUCCGUCAGCGACCUCCUUGCGCGACCCAAACCCUGGCACAUGCUAACCCAAAAAGGCCGUGAACCAUUCAUCCGUAUGAAAAUGUUUUUGGAAGACGACAAUGCCGUUCACAAACUGGUCGCCAGUCAGUAUAAGAUCGCUCCAGAAAAACUCAUGCGAACCGGCAACUACAGCGGAUCGCCUCAAAUCCCCGGAAUGAUGGUAAAACAGAUGCCACCGCUACCCAAAAUGCUGAGUGACUCCAUCAACAAACUCCAGCAAGAUCAAAAAACGCUCCUGCAGCUACAAAUGUCCCAAAUGCAACAGAUGCCACCCACAUCGCAAGCUCAACAGCUCCAGCAGCACCAACAACAGCUCCACCAUCAACAGAUGGCAGCAGCGGCGGCAGCAGCCCAGCAUCACGCCCAGCAAGAAGCCGCAGCUCGCCAACAACAACAGCAGCAGCAACCUCCCUCGGCACAACCGUCUCCCAUCCCCCCGCAGCCGCAAUCGCUCCAGCAACAGCAGUCCAACCAGCGACAGCAGCCAUCCCCUCAAACAAUGCUGCUGACACCUCCCGGCAUUCCACCGCAACAUGCCAUUCCUCUGCAGACGUCCGGUCCCCUCAGCAGCGGCCUGGACAAGAAGCCACCACUAAUGCUCGGCGUUCACUCGCCCCAACAGACGUCUACCCCUGCGAGCCAUCAGCCAGGUCCACCUCCCGGUGUCAACUCCAUGCGUGGUGCCCUCCAUCAGCAUAUCUCACCCACCGUUUACGAGAUGGCUGCCCUAACGCAGGACUUGGACACUCAAACAAUCACCACCAAGAUCAAAGAAGCGCUGCUCGCCAACAACAUCGGUCAAAAGAUUUUCGGAGAAGCCGUUCUCGGUCUCUCGCAGGGUUCGGUCUCUGAACUGCUGUCCAAACCAAAGCCUUGGCACAUGCUCAGCAUCAAGGGUCGGGAACCGUUCAUCCGCAUGCAGCUGUGGCUCAGCGAUGCCAACAACGUCGAACGGCUGCAGAUGCUCAAGAACGAACGCCGCGAAGCCAGCAAGCGACGAAGGUCCACCGGUCCAGGAGCGCAGGACAACAGUUCCGACACCAGCAGUAACGACACCUCCGAGUUCUACCACUCGAACUCGCCCGGUCCGGGAUCGGUUGGCUCGGGAGCCGCUCCUCCAAACAAGAAACAGCGUGUGCUCUUUUCCGAAGAGCAGAAGGAGGCGCUCCGAUUGGCAUUCGCUCUCGAUCCCUACCCGAAUGUACAAACCAUCGAGUUCCUGGCCACGGAACUUGGUCUCUCCACCCGAACGAUCACCAAUUGGUUCCAUAACCAUAGGAUGCGACUGAAACAGCAAGUGCCGCAUGGACAACCCAGCGAACCGAUUCCAUCGCGAGAAAACCAAUCCGGAGCUCCGUUCGAUCCGGUUCAGUUCCGAGUGUUACUGAGCCAACGGUUGAUGGAAAUCCAGAAGGAACGCAUGGGUCUGAGUGGAGUUCCGCUACCCUACCCGCCGUACUUUGCUGCCAAUCCGAAUCUCGCGGCCCUGAUAGGGCGAGGGUUCCUUCCCGGGGACGUAGAUUUGGCAGCGCUGAACAAAGCCGUCAGUGAACAGAUGAGUGGUUUGGACCUGUCGAUGCCGUCGUCCGUCAAGCGAGAAGGUGAUGAAGAGUUCGACGAAGAUGGUGAGAGCGGUCAUAUGAGCGAUUCGGAAUCGGUGGACGGUGGUUCGCGGAGGGGAGGCGAUGGCGAUGAUCAUUCGGUCGCAAGUUUGUCACUGGUCCAAGCCAUGAGUGCAAUGUCUCGAAUAAACCGACGAAAACCGGCUGCUCCACAAUGGGUCAAUCCGGACUGGCAGGAUGAUAAGAAUCCGGGCAUUCCAGGCGGCGAGAAGAAGGACGGCGAUCUCCUCAACGGCGUUUGCAUGAUGCCGUCCGAUGGGGUGCAAUCGGUGCAACAGCGGUUUGUGGCAGCGAUGGCUGCAGCAGCGGCGGCAGUCGCAGCGGCUGCGUCCGGUGCAAGUGAUAACGAACAGGACGAUGCCAAAUCGACGCAUUCGAAACAAUCGCUGGACGAUCAGCAGCAGCAGGGAGACGACGAUGUGCAGGAAGAUAAAGACGAAUCCGCGGUAAGUGUGGCGUCGACGGCGGGUGGGGAAAACGCGGGCGAGGGGUCCGAGAAGGACAAGGAUCUGGUUCAGGUUAAAACGGAACUGAUGGAGGAAACCGAACGGUGGGAGUAUUGAACGGAAUGGCCGGUUAUGAACCGAUCCGGGUAGGCGGCGGCGAUCCUAAGCUGUCAAAAGUCAGUGCAAUCGAAAAUAGCUAAACAAAAUAAAGCGCAAAUAAAAAUGCGAGAAUAUGAAAAAAGUCCAAUCCGAAGGGACGAAAAUGUGAUUUUGAAACAAAUAUGGGAAGAAUGUCUAGAUGAACUCUUCUGUUUUAUCUUUGUUAUACAAGUUUUUUACGUGAAUGGAUGCUCGUACUAUUUUCUUUUUUCUAAGGUAAGCUCUUAACUCUAUAAAUCUCUGACUGCGAUCCAACUUCCUCAGUUGUAAACAAUUGUUUAUAUAUUUUUGAACCUUGGUUUCUGUUCCAAUUGUACAUAUUUUAUCUUGAGCCGAUAGGGAUAAGUUAUUUCCUUCUUUUGAACUAUCAAUAUAAGAAGACUGUUGAAACAAGUUUUAAAUAUAAUAUCGAUGAUUAUAAAGUGAAAUAGCGUAGAUUUUAAGCCAGUAGUGUAACAAAAAGAGGGAUAAACACAUUUUUACAUUAGGAUUACUUAGCAGAACCGAACAAGCCCUUCUACUUUUCUGUUUUAGUUGUAUGAAAGAUGAGUUUUUCUCCAAAAUUGCAUUUACUUCUACAUAGUUCGAGUCUAAGCGCGAAUGUAGGGCAUACUUGAUAAACUUUAACGUACUUAUAGGUAAAUAAUGCUAGCGAUAGACAUAUGUGUAUCUCCCUUUGGUAAUAGAAGAAUCCCCGAGUGUUUUCCCUCCGCGUCAAGCGUCACAUAAAGAAAAAUAAUCAAAAUAUCCAAAAUUAUGUGGGAUCUUAUCGUGAACGGAAAAUCAAAAUGUUAGAAAUCGAACAACUGAACGGGAAUAGCUUGAGUGUAAAUAAUUUAAAAUCAUGGAGAAAUUCCCAUCCGAAUUAAAGCAACAAGCAUAUACACACACACUGAAACAGACAUACACAAACACAAGUAAAGGAAAAAAGGCCAAAUAUUUAGCAGAUAGUGAUAAAAUCAUUGAAAGUAGCGAAAAUUUUAAGUUUUCUGUAAAUUUUCUUUUUUUACAAAGUUUUUAUUAAGCUAUAGCGAUUAUUUAUUAGCAUGUCUUCUCUUGUUUUAGCUGAAAAUCAAGUUAAGAAACGCGAAAAUUACAGGAUUUUAGAAACUCAAAACAAUAGAAUUAACUCAUGUAUAAUUAUUGCAUUAAAUCCAGCCGAUAAUGAUGAAAAGCAUAAAGUUUAUGAACUACAUAAGAAUCGAUCUCAAAACCAACCAAAUAUAUUUAAAGCAAAUACAAAAAAAAUAACGCAGAAGCAAGCAGAUCUUCUGCAGUGUUGGGAAGGCAACAUAAUAACAAGACAGGAAAGACAGAGUUAAUCGAAUUUCUCUCGCCAAUCGACUCGUCGGUCGGCCGUGUAAAUCUUUUGUAAAUAUUAUUUCCUCUCAGUUGAAAACUCUGCACGAACCGAACGCAUACUCUGCUUGUUUUGGAAACCAAUGUGAAGUGAAGAGGAAAACCGCAAAACGCAUAUCCGAAUUUAAUGGAACAACAGAAUUAAACGAAAAAUAAACAAAUAUUUAUUCAGAACUUUUAACACACAAGAAAAAAUUAUAAAGGAAGCAUUGAUUUUUACAAUUUGUAAAAAGUAAGCGACUUUACUGGAAAAGAAACAAGAGGAACCACAAUCCUUGCAAAUUAUCAUCAAUCAGCAAAACGACAUCAUAACCGCAUAACAGUAUGUAGAGUAAACAAACAUCCAAAUUUGCUGCUAAAUUGUGUUUCUUUGAAGUUCUUUUCUGGAUCGCGUUCAUCCGCGAUAUUUCCGCCAAACACCAUCCAUCAGUGUUUCUCAAAUGAGGACAGCUGGAAAAGAUCGAAAACUUUGGCGGAGUUCGAUGAAACAAAUAAAAAAACAAUCAAAUUGUUUGAUUUAGAUUUAAAAUUAACGAAAAUAGCUAGGAAUGUGAAUUUUAUACAACAACAAAAAAGCAGAACAAGAAAUGUGUAGAUUCUAGGAGAAAGUCGGAGUUAUUGAAACCAUACAGCGGAAAAUUGGAUCGAAUGGUAAAUUUAGAAAACAGGAAAAUUGCAAUACGUAAACAAGCAUCAUUCAAAUAAACAUGAAUAUUUCAGAAACAAAGAUUCAAAAUAAAUUGAAAUUAACAAAACAUGAAAAAGCGCUGAUAGUUCAAAUGUUUAUUUCUUUAAAAAUAAUCGAAAGCUGUAGGAUUAUGUUAUCAUUCUCAAAGAAUAAUUUCACUAAGAAUGGCACAGAAAUUUUGUUGCAAUUCUUCCGCGAACUUUACGAAAAUCCUCCUUGAAUACAAAUUAAGUUAUUAAGCAAGAGACAGACAGAUUGAAUUUGUUAACUUAUUCUUAUCGAUUAGUUUUUCACGUUCUAUUCUACUUUUGCUAGUGGAACCUUUAUUUAAUGCAACUUCACAAAACCUUUCGUUUGUGUUAUGCAAAAAUUUGAGUCGUAAUCUAAAACACACUUGUGUAGAUAAUUGGAAGGAACAGCUGCCGUUGUUUCAUGUCUGCUUCUCCAAAUGAAAUAAAAUUAAAGAAAAACAAUCAGAAUCUAAUCGCAGAGCAGAGGCAUUGUAAAUUUAAUGGGUUUAUAAAACAGUUCAAUAUCUGAAAAAAAAUGGAAGCCCUAGCCAUUAGAAGACACAACUUCGAAACCACGUACUCGAAUAACGUACAAGCGGAAAGGGACGGCUAAGAAUUAAGAACGGAAACCUGCAAUGAAGGGGAGGAAAACCAGAACAAAAAGAAUUCAUCUAUAAAAAAUGGGAAAAUAAUCAAGUGAAAAUAGUGGACGAAAUAAAGAAAUCUGUAAAUACUUAUUAUCAUAUCAUUAUAUUAUAUUAAUUAAUUAUAAUUAUUAUAUAUUAAAAUUAUUAUUACAAUUAUAAUGGUAACAUUAUUACAUUGAAUGAAUAAAGUAAAACGGUAAUAAAAAAUAAA